ACAAUUUACGCUGCAAAAUUCGCCCCUCCUCAACAAUUUAGGGCGCAAAAUUCGCCCCUCAACAAUUUACGGUGCAAAAUUCGCCCCUCCCCAACAAUUCAGGGCGCAAAAUUCGCCCCUCCUCAACAAUUUACGGAGCAAAAUUCACUCCCCCCCCCCGCCGCCAAUUUACAGCGCAAAAUUAAAAUGCAAUCGGAAGGAUAAGAUAAAAAUAAUCCAAUUCAUUCGCCAUCUCCAGCUCUGCCCACUUUUAAAACACCUGUAUCAGAAUUUAAAUUGACUCGGGAUUUUUGUUUUGCAACACAACCCACGUCGAUUUAAUUUUCCUCUGGCAAAAUAACUCGAACUUCAGGUUUGCAACAGGCAAAGGUAGGGUAGGCUUCACAUUUAAAUCCUUGCAGGCUCAACAAAAUAUUAAUUCUUAAGCCCAAAACGCGUUUGGAUUUAAAAAAAAAUUCUCGCUAAGAGAUCAGAAAUGUUAUCUCUUAACUCCCUGUUGCAAAUCUCUUCCUGAAUCCUCUAUUUAAAAGUGGACGUGUUUCCCCUGUUGUUACGACCAGCUAGAGAGCUCUGUGGGUGCGUUCAGUGCCCAGUGCGGAGUAGAGACCCGAAAAUGUAGUCGCUGACGUGUCCUUCCAAUUUAGUCCAACCUCACCGGCCGCUUGAGUCAGAACAUCUGUUGAACUGUCCUCUGGUACUGGAAGGUACUCUUCACCCAAUGUCGAACAUUCCCAGUAUUAUCCCUCUCUCUCGCCUUCUCUCCAGCACUGUCUGACGUCAGUGCAUCCGGAGAGAAAGACAGGAGAGUGAUUGUAAGAAGCGGUCAGACAAAGGACUCGGGAAACCAGGUCUGUCAACUACUCUGCUUCCAGGAAUGAUACUUCCUCUGCUGAGCUGGACAACAAGAUGAAAUGCGGAUAGGCGAAGGCUCCACCUCCUCUGUUCACGAGCCCUAAGUUUUAACCAGAGUAUUUUGGACACAGUCACGGAGCAAAAAUGGUGAGCAGGUUGCUCAGUGGAAACUCCCUGGCUCGGUUCUGCCAGAAGCUGAACAGAGUGAAGACCUUGGAGGAGAAUAUGAUGGAGACUGCCCUGAAUAGGUGCCUGUCUACUCUGGACCUGACCAUGCUCGGCAUUGGCGGUAUGGUUGGCUCUGGCCUUUACGUCCUCACCGGCACAGUUGCCAAGGACGUUGCUGGCCCUGCUGUCAUCAUUUCCUUCAUCUUUGCAGGUUUCGCUUCUCUGCUGGCUGCUUUCUGCUACGCAGAGUUCGGAUCCCGCGUGCCAAAGACAGGCUCGGCCUACAUGUUCACCUAUGUCUCUGUUGGCGAGAUCUGGGCCUUCAUGAUUGGCUGGAACAUCAUCCUGGAAUAUAUGAUUGGUGGAGCUGCUGUGGCCCGUGCCUGGAGUGGCUACCUAGAUUCCAUCUUCAACCACAAGAUACGGAACUUCACCGAAACGUACAUCGCCACGUGGAACGUACCCUUCCUUGCCCCCAACCCCGACAUGUUGGCGGCAGGGAUAUUGCUGGUUGCCACGGCGUUCAUCACUUGUGGGGCCAAAGUGUCCUCGUGGCUGAACCACGUGUUUUCAGCCAUCAGUUUGGGAGUGAUUCUCUUCAUCCUGAUAUUUGGCUUCAUCCUGGCCGAUCCAACGAACUACAGUGCCAAGGAGGGUGGCUUUGCACCCUUUGGGUUUUCGGGAAUCAUGGCUGGCACGGCAACCUGCUUCUUCGCCUUCGUGGGGUUUGAUGUCAUUGCAGCCUCCAGCGAAGAGGCUCGCAACCCCCAGAAGUCUAUCCCCAUAGCAACAGCAAUCUCCCUGGGCCUGGCCACUGUGGCCUACACCUUAGUAUCUACAGUGCUCACUCUGAUGGUUCCCUGGCACUCCCUGAACCCGGACUCCGCCCUCUCAGAUGCCUUCUACAGACGAGGAUACUCCUGGGCUGGAUUCAUCGUGGCUGUGGGAUCUAUCUGUGCGAUGAACACGGUUCUUCUCAGCAACCUGUUUUCCCUGCCCCGGAUUGCCUACGCCAUGUCUGAAGAUGGGCUGCUCUUCAAGGUAUUUUCGCAGGUGAACCCAGUCACCAAGGUCCCUGUGCUUGGCAUCGUGGUCUUUGGAAUCCUGAUGGCCAUCUUGGCCCUGGUGUUUGACCUGGAAUCCCUGGUGCAAUUCCUGUCCAUCGGAACGCUGCUGGCUUAUACCUUUGUCGCCGCCAGCAUCAUCGUGUUGCGCUACCGGAUGGAAAAAGCUGAUGCCUCCCAGUUGCCGGCGCCCAAUCAAAGCCCCCAACCCCAGGACAGUGGGGGGCUGAAAGAAUACGAGUCAUUUUCGGAUAAACUCCAGCUGGUGGAAAGGCAGAAGUCGACCAAAGAGAAAAGGGAGCCAGGUCAACUGAAGUCCUCCUUCGAGCCUUACUUACACUUCCUGGACAGUUUUGCACCAGGAGAACUUGUGAUGGUGGCAGUUGUCACUCUGGUCGGCUGUUCCACUUGCCUGGGCUGCAUACUGAUAUUUGGCAGCAGUUACCUCCAUCUGCCACAGUGGGCUUUCAUUUUAUUCACCACUCUCUUUACAAUUGGCUUUCUCAUCAGCUUGUUCCUGAUAUGGAUUCACGAGCAGCAACAGAAACUAUGUACUUUUCAGGUUCCACUGGUGCCCUUGAUUCCUGCUGUGAGUAUUUUACUGAAUGUGUUCCUGAUGUUAAAGCUGAGCUUGAUGACCUGGGUGAGAUUCACUGUUUGGUUAGCAAUAGGUUUCCUUGUCUAUUUUGGCUACGGGAUAUGGCACAGCAAGGAAAACUUGAAGGAGCCCAAACCUCGGAAUGUCAGCGCCCGUUACGUUGUGCUCCCCAGCGGCAGCCUGGUGGAGACGGUCCAGACUGUGCAACCAGAGUCGCAAGGCACCGCAGGCUUGGGGGAAGUGACUGAAGAAGAAGAGGGUAGAUAGUAUGGGCCUGUCAGCUUCGAGGGGAGAUUCCCUUCAAUGCUUGCCCCACCACCCUUCCUUCCAAUGUCUCACUGUCCCAGGAGCAGUUGGGUAGAGCUGCUCCACACAUUAUUGGAAUUGCUGGGGGUCUGGUUCUCACCACCCACUGCAUCACUGUUUGUUUCACCCCCUGUGGUUUAAGUGCAGCUGCCACACGUACGUCCAGAUUGAGGUAAAAGGAGCUGUUGACCAAUUCCAGGUUGGUGGAACGGUCUCACCGCAAAGGGAGCCAUUUCAGGCAAAGUCUUGGACAACUCUUGACGUGGUUGUUUGGGCAACCCACCCGCCUCUGGUUCAAGUCCCACUCCUAAGGCUUGAGUACAUAAAAUCAAGGCAGGUACACCAGAGCUGUCUAUUAGUUGGGAAGUUAAACCCAGGCCCCAUCUGUUCUCUCAGCUGGUUUUGAAGAUUUUACUUUACUGUUUUGAAGGACAGGGGAGCUAACCUCAGCCACCCAGUUACACUUAAUCCUCACUCAAUGUUACUAAAAAUAAAUCUGGUCAAUAUCACUGCUGUUUGAGGGAACAUGAACAAAUUGGUUGCCACGUUUCCCAUAUUACAACAGUGAGCUCUUUUCUGGUGUACUUCAAUGUCUGGAAAGUGAGAUGGGAUGUUGCAAACCUGAGGAUAAAGGCACUGUGGAAUUGCAAGACUUAGAGUCACAGAGUCAUAGAGUAAUGCAGCAGGGAAACAGGCCCUUCGGCCCAACUCAUCCAUGCUGACCAAGAUGCUCAUCUAAGCUAGUCCCAUUUGCCCACCUUUGGCCCAUAUCCUUCUAAACCUUUCCUAUCCAUAUACCUGUCCAAAUACCUUUUAAAUGUUAUUGUACCAGCCUCUGGCUUUUAUUCGCUUUAUAGCCCCCAGUGUCUGAGUCCAUUGACCCAAUUUUCCCCUCUUCCCCCAACAGCAGAGGAGGGGAACGAUACAAAAAGGGGGGGGGAGAAGGAAAACAAUUUGGGGACACCCCUGUCCGCACUAGCUGUAUAUCGGGAAUCAACACAAUGUCACUGGUCGAGGCCAUUGCAAGAUCUUUUUAAUAAUGCAUCAGCUCAAUGGAUUCGUAUAUUUUACAGUAACCAUCGAAUAUCUGCCACAUGAUCCAGUUUCAAGGAUUAUAAAUUGCCUGUUGAUUAUAUAGCCUGAGAACUAUUUCUGUCUUCACCAUAGCCUUGCCAAACCAACCUAUUCACCCUUGCAUUGGUUGGCAUUGGAUGCUGUUCCCUACGGUGGGUUUGUUACCCACCAAGCCCCCUUCGAGUUAAUUUGGCAUUAAAAAGGAAUGCAGCACAGGGAGCUUUCUGUAUAGAGUGCCUUCCCUUCUCUUUAUCACUCUCGUCUUCUAUUUCAUCACCAACCAACAUCCUGCCUUGGUUCCAUUCAUCCUGCUCCAGCCUUGGACUCCUGGUCCUCACUGAGAUAACAUUCUCAUUCAUUUCCUUGGCUGUCUACAUGUUCUCCUCCCUCUUUCAUUCUCCCCCCCUUCCUCCUUUGACCCUCUGCACCCCUUCCCAUCUUCCUCCACCCACAAAUCUUCUUCAGAUCUCCGGCUCCUUGGAGCUGAUUAUCUCUCUGACCUAAAAUUACACUGUCUAUUCCUGUUCAGUGCACUCCCAUGUUUCUUCUGCUCUGUAACUAUUACAUGCAAAAAAAACUCAGAGGGGUGAACCACACUACACAGGCAGCCCAAAAGAUUACAGCCUCUUAAAUGACCUCACGCUGAAUUUACUUAGUAGCAGUUGGACUUUGAGGCCUUAAAGGGACAUAAGACUGCAUAUCAGCAUAAGGAUAAUACUUUGUGUUAUGAGCUUAUCUGUUUUCCUCAAUCAGCUUAUCACAUGCAGGCAGAAGCUUUGUAUAUAACGUGUACCACACAUUAAAUGUGAUUGUAGUUCAGGUCAAAAUUCUAGCCUCUUUCAGUGAUUGGCUUAAAUUUCAGAAGGUGGAGGGGAAACUUUGGAUUACAAGAAUCAAAGAUAUUGAGUUAAAAUUCAAUUACUUUUGUUAAAUGUUUCUUAGAUGUUAUUUAUAUUUAAAUCCUUCAACUCCACCGCGCCCCCCCCCCCCCCCCCCAAAGACUUCUUUUAUUGCUCCGAGUCCAGGAUCUGCUUCUUCCAAACAAAACUCAGGCCAUUCACCACAACCUGUCUCUUGUCAGCUAUUUGAAAGGCCUCUCCAAUCAGUCCCACUCGCCUGAACCUCCCCCAUUGCUCUGCAACUUUUGAAGUAUUUAUCCACUUCCCUUUUGAAAGUUGAGUAAAAUAAACUUUGUUCAUGAUGACUCAUUUUCCUUUUGCUGACUGCUUUACAUUUGUGUCUGUUGUCCAACUGUGAGAUUACCUCAGCUUGUUUGUUCCCCCUCCCCCUCACCUUUCUUUGAUCUUCUCUGGGAGUGGUGUCCAUAACCAGCCUGACCUGCUGGGUACGUCUCCCUGCUCUGCACUUCGCAACUCCCACAUUCUUUCGUUUAUGUCGAAGCUUAACUCCGACGAGUGCAAAAGGUUGCAUUUUAGGAAGUUAAACUAAGGCAGGAAUUACAGAGUAAAUGGCAGGGCCUUGGAGAGUGUUGCAGAACAGAGAGGCCAAGGAGUACAAUACAUAGUUCUCUGAAAGUGGUGACAUAGGUAGACCAGGUGGUGAGGAAGGUGUUUGGCACCCUUGCCUUCAUCAGUUGGGGCACUGAGUACAAGAGCUGGGACAUCAUGUUACCAGCUGCACAAGACAUCGGUGAGACCGCACUUGGAGUAUUGUGUGCAGUUCUGGUCGAUUAGAUGUAGGAAGGAUGCAAUUAAGCUGGAAAAGGUGCAAAAAAGAUUCACAAGGAUGUUACCAGGACUGGAGGGCUUGAAUUAUAAGGAAAGACUGGAUAGACUGGGGCUCUUUUUCCCUGGUGUGUAGAAGGCUGAGGGGUGACCUUAUAGAGGUUUAUAAAAUGAGGGGCGUAGAUAAGGUAAAUGGUCACACUCUUUUUCCCAGGGUAGGGGAGUCUAAACCUCGAAGGCAGAGGUUUUAAGGUGAGGGGGAGAAAUUUAAAGGGGACCUGAGGGGUAACUUUUCCACACAAAGGGUGGUGAGUAUACAGAACGAGCUGCCAGAGGAAGUGGUAGAGGCAGAUACAGUUACAAAGUUUAAAGGGCAUUUAGACAGGUACACGGAUAGGAAAGGUUUAGAGGGGUAGGGGCUGAAGCCAGAAAAAUGGACUAGCUGAGGUAAGCACCUGGUCAGCAUGGACAAGUUGGGUUGAAGGGCCUGUUUCUGUGCUCUAUAACUCGAUGAAUCUAUGUUCUUUUGUCUACGUUCUCAUUCUCUAACAGUUCACAUUCACUCAUUGACCAGAUAACCUUGUUUAUAGCUUAUCCCCAUGGUCACUCCAAUUUUACCCUACACUGCUUCUCUGCAGCUUAAGGAGCUGUCUUUCUUACCUUCCCAGCUCUGACGAAGGGUCUUUGGCCUGAAAUGUUGACUCUGUUUCAUUUCCCACAGAUGUGGCCUGACCUGCUGAAUACUUGCAGCAUUUUCUGUUCUUAUUUUACGCUUGUGUCUUCUGGUUACCUACCUGCCAGUGAAAAUACUUUCUCCCUAUCAUACUGCCUGGUGAUUCAAAUUUUGAAAUGGGCUCUUCUCCCAAAAGACAAGCAAAUCCUCUUUUAAACUCAAUAAUAACGGGAAUGCCAACUUCCACCUUUCUUGCAUACUAACUGUGCCAAUCUCAAUCUGUGCUGGUCAUAUGUUAAGUAGCUGACCUUAUAAUGUCACAUGAGGUUUGAACAUCAGCAAUGUUGACUGUACACAAGUACACUGAGUGGAUAAAUCUCCUUUUGCAUCAGUUCUGCACUUACUCAGUUUCCUCAGACAAGACCAGGAGAUGUUUAGUCCAGGCUUCAUCCAGCACACAUGUAUUUACAAUAACUGAUGGAUAUAUUUUCUUAUAUCUGACUCGUAACAACUGACCCCUUGUUAAGUGGACACAACUAAACACAGAGCUGAUUAUGGCAAUGCCUGAGGUCUGAACUAAAUCUCAUGAUCAGCAUCAGUGCUCCCAUAAAUUGUUACUCACAUUCAGGAAUGAAUGAGUUCCACAUUCAAAAGUUUCGGAUUACCUUAACCCCUUGAGUCCUCUUAACAGACAACUAUCAUAAGAUCACCAUCACUUGCUUAAAGGUACCCUUGUUCAUCCACACUAUCGUCCUGGUACCAAACACUGCUGAGGCCAAUGCUCUCUCAAGGAGUCUGAAUAGAUCCAGUGGAAGAAAUGGUCACCUCCUCUGCCUUUUUAUUUGUAGUUCUUUUUGUUGGCAUCAGGCGGCAUGCUCUUCCUCUCCAAUGAGUCUCUCACCUUCAACCUCUUCCUUCAUUGUGAUAAUGUUUCCUUUUUCUAGAUAUUAGGGCCUUUGAUUUUCUGACCCUCCCGUUCAAGUCUCAGAAAUCCAUCCAAAGUUCACCCAAGUCCUCACUGUACAGAGCAGUCGUCCCAGCAUCUACACCAGCUCAUUCUCAAGCCAACAAAUUGCUCAUCGGUUAUAGUUUGGCGUCAAUCAAACUAAUUUGAAUUGAUGGCCUUUAUCUUGGUUUCUCCUUAUAAACUUGAAUGUCUUUCAUUUGUUUGAGAAGUGCUUGUUCAAGUCACCUAAUGGCCAGCAAUUUGAUAAUCCUUAAGUAACUAUUGAGUGUAAAGAGGAUCACUUCUGAUCAUAUAAUGUGCCUCGAUGCCUGAGUUUUAAAAAAUGCUUUCUUUCUUUCUCGUAACCAAAUGCAGUAUUUGUUGUUUGUCAGAUCCAGCUUGCUCUUAUUAAAAUAAAUUUAUCGACAUCCCAAAUUGUCAAGCCAUAGAUUUCUCCUCUAAACUGAAACAGCCCACGUUUGAGGCUUCUGAGAGUCCCUGAGCCUGAAGCUCCAGUUACCAGGCUUUGGUGUGUAAAAUGUUUGAAUCAGUACGUGUAGGAAAAUUAAAACCUUUAGAGGGGACUGUAGGGUAGGGAGUGAAGGUGAGGGGUGGUAUGGAUAAUGGAUAAGUAAAGCAAACAUUCGGAGGAAAGCUAAUGUAUUUUUUAAAAAAAACUAAAUGGGAGGUAAAGGUUACAUGGACAAGGAGAAUAGAAAGUAAAAAAAAAUGUAGGACAAAAUGGUACAUGGAAUGUAGGAGCUACCAUGGAUUUGAGGCAACAGGUUUGCAAUAGGGAAGAUAGGCAGUGCAAUGAGAUUAUCUAUCUGAAAAACAAUGGUGUUGGAGGAACUCAGCAGGCCAGGCAGCAACCGUGGAGAAAAGCAGGCAGUCAAAGUUUCAGGUCAGGACCCCUUCUUCAGGACUGAAGAUUGGAAAAGGGGAAGCCCAAUAUAUAGGAGGGUAAGAGAUAGUGAUACCUGCAUCUACCUAUCACCACCUUGUGCCCACCCCGCCUCCUGUCUUUUGUCCAUCUGUUACUGCUCUGUUCCCUCCUAUAUAUUGGGCUUCCCCUUUUCCUAUCUUCAGUCCUGAAGAAGGGUCCUGACCCGAAACGUUGACCGCCUGCUUUUCUCCACGGAUGCUGCCUGGCCUGCUGAGUUCCUCCAGCGUCAUUGUGUUUUUCAUCUAGAUUCCAGCAUCUGCAGUCCUUUAUUUCUCAAGAUAACCUAUGUCAUGGCUACAUAACUCUCAAAGUAAAUCCUAUGACUCCCCUAUUAAAUUCCUCAUAAAAACAUUUCACUCCCCAAUUCCAUUUGGAUUGAAUUUCAGAGUCAAACUUCCAGUAAUUCCCAACUCUGUGAGCACUUUCCCUCCUCAUAAAAAGGAGUGAGACCUCUCCAAUUCUCCCCCAAUCUCCUUAAAUGAUACGUGGUGGCAAACAUGUAUUUAUAUUUUUGUAGCAUAGGAUUUUUUUUUAAAAAGGAAGUGCUUUGCACUGCACUCUUAUGUACAUGUUAUUCUUCGCAAGAUUGUAACCUGCAUUUCUGUCGCAAUUCUUGUCAAUGCUGUAUUUAUUUUGGGGACAAAGUUCUAAUUUGAUGAAUAAAUGUUCUGGAGCAGCAGGUUUUAUUGACUAUUUGAUUUCAUUGCCUUAUCCUGUUUCUUGAUUUUUAUGGGCAUUUUUUUUCUCAGGGGCCAUUAUCCAGUUGUGGGCCCAGACGGUGGCCAGUGACUCCUUCUUAAGCAGUCCCUCAAGGUCGAGGGUGACUUUUUCUACUCCAGUUGUGUGGGUUCUGAGAUGG